UAAUUUAGAUUGAAAAAGCCGCGUAAAGUUUUCGUGUUUUUUAUGGAUAUAUUGUAUUGAAAUUUAUUUCCUAGAAAUUGAAUAUACUUUUGUUACUACGAGAACAGCUUCUAAUUAAGUCAAUAAUUUUCUCUUAAAAUGCACUACGUUCAGAAGUAUUUAGAAAAACUACCAAUCUCCAAAUCAAACAUGAAAACUAACGAAGGCAAAAAAUGUAGUAUUUUUCUUUAUUGUAAUUAUUACAGUUUUUACUCUCAAAAGGUUUUAAUGGCUUUAUACGAAAAGAAUAUAGAUUUUGAACCCUUAAUUGUUGACAUAACAAAAGGAGAACAAUAUUCUUCUUGGUUUCUUGAAAUAAAUCCUCGUGGAGAAAUACCAGUUUUGAAAGUGAAAGAUGCGUUAAUUCCAGACUCUACUAGGAUUUUGGACUAUCUGGAAUUUUAUUUAGACUCUGAUUUGGUUCCACUCAUAAAUGUUUCUAAGGAUACAAAAGUGGUAACUACCAUAAACAAAUUUCGAGAAUUGAUUGACGCUUUGCCUGCUGGAGUUAUAACAGUUGGUUCAUUUUUUCAUCCACAUCUCUGCGGUAGUCCAAAGCUUCCAUUUAUUUUGCCAGUAAGAGAGAUUUUAAAAACUGGUGAUUUGAGUAGCUCACAAAACUUGAGAAAGUUGGCGGAUGAAAAUCCAAAAGCAAAACAUAUCUUGCUGUACAAAGCUGAGAUUCAAGAUCGAAAACACGAACUUCUGAGUAAUGAAGAGGAAUAUUUAAAAAUUCUAAACAUUGUUGACCAAGUUCUGAACCAAAUAGAGGAGCAGUUAAAAUUACAACCUGUCGGUAAUUGGUUAUGCUGCGAAAAUUUCAGUAUUGCAGACAUAAAUUUGGCUGUCCUCUUGCAACGUCUUUGGGAAUUAGGAUUAGAAACACGUUUUUGGAGUAACGGAAAGAGACCCUUGAUUGAGAGCUAUUUUGAACGAGUACGACAAAGAGAAUCAUUCAAAAAUACUAUUCCAAAUUUGCCACAGCACCUUAAAAUGAUAGUUACGGCUCCACCUCCAGUUUAUGUUGGUGCUGCAGGUGCUGUUUCAUUUGCUGUGGUAUUUACCGUAGCAUACAUUUUUAAAAAAAUUAUUUCGUAAUACUUAUCACUAUUUAGAUUCAUGUUAUGAUUUUUAUUCGCUUUGCUGAUAGCAAUAAAUAUUGAAUAGCUUUGAUUAUUGUCAAAGUUAACUGAAUAUUUUAGUAUUGAAACAAUUCAGUGCUUUAUAUUAUGUAAUCUUUUAUAUCAGUAAGUUAAUAUUACUCUCAAAUCUACAAAUCCCAAAGGGUUUAAGAUAUUAUUUAUGGUGGGCAGUGGCUUGACUGUGCCCCUGGCAUUGCUGACGUCCAUGAGCGACAGCAGCCAUUCACCAUCAGGUGGGCUGCAAGCUCGACUGCAAUGAAACUAUCAGUAUUAAUCAGUGGUAAACUUAUAUAAAUUAAGUUGAUAUUAGAAAAUAGUUGAAGAAGAAAUAUAUAAUAAAAUAAAAAAUCCA